UACCAUACUACCUCUCGCACCAGUCACCAGUUAUUGGUCAUCUUCUCUCUCUUUCUCUCUCGUCUGCAACCAUUUUUCCUUAACGCCGUCAACUACACCUUCAAACUUCAAACCUUCCAUUAAUUUAAUUUCAUUUUCCUUCAAUUUUUCAAAUAAAAAAACAAAACACAAAAAUGCACUUCCUUCUUUUGUCAUUGACACACACCAACAUGUGAAGUUUCUGACAAAUUCUUCUUCCCUCCCACUUUCUCUCUCCUCCAUUUCCCCUUCCGUUUCAAGCUCACUUCCAAAUUCUUCAACUUUUUCAUUUUGGUAAUCAGAGGCUAAAAACGGCGUCGUGAAGUAGAUGUCGUCAAGGGCAAGGAGUAGUUCACCGUACAGCAACCACCGAAGAACUCCAAGUCCAUUCUCAUCAUCUUCCUCUACGUCGUCGUUUAUGAACACCAGUGGCCGGUUCAUUCCCCGGUCUAACAGCACUUCUUCAUCCUCAUUUCCCGGUUCGACCGGCAAUAAUAAUAGUACUUACGGUUCAAGAUCCAUGACUCCCAACCGGACCUAUGGCGGUCAUUCUCCAGUUGCCUUCUCACCGUCGGAUGACUUGCUUUCUGAGCCGUCCGAUCCUCCUAGAUCCACCGGUGAUAGCAUUUCUGUCACCGUCCGAUUUCGUCCCAUGAGUGAUAGAGAAUAUCAGAGAGGAGAUGAGGUAUCAUGGUAUCCAGAUGGCGAUAAGACUGUUCGAAGCGAGUAUAGUCCGGCAACUUGUGCUUAUGCAUUUGACAAGGUGUUUGGGCCGAAUGCGACAACGGAGGAGGUUUACGACAUCGCUGCUCGUCCUGUUGUGAAAUCUUCAAUGGAUGGUGUUAAUGGUACAGUGUUUGCUUAUGGUGUCACCAGUAGUGGAAAGACGCACACAAUGCAUGGUGAUCAAAGUUGUCCUGGUAUCAUACCAUUGGCGAUCAAAGAUGUUUUCAGCAUUAUACAGGAAACUCCUGGGCGAGAGUUCCUACUUCGCGUUUCCUAUCUUGAGAUCUAUAAUGAGGUUAUAAAUGAUUUGCUUGAUCCAACUGGUCAAAAUCUGCGCGUUAGAGAAGAUGCCCAGGGAACUUAUGUUGAGGGCAUAAAGGAAGAGGUUGUUUUGUCUCCUGGGCAUGCACUAUCAUUUAUUGCUGCUGGAGAAGAGCAUCGCCAUGUUGGUUCUAACAACUUUAACCUAUUCAGUAGUAGAAGCCACACCAUAUUCUCACUGAUGAUAGAGAGCGGUUCCCAUGGUGAUGAAUAUGAUGGGGUGAUAUUCUCUCAGCUGAACUUGAUCGACUUGGCUGGAUCUGAGAGCUCCAAAACUGAAACAACAGGAUUAAGAAGAAAGGAAGGAUCAUAUAUCAAUAAAAGUCUUUUGACUCUUGGAACUGUCAUCGGGAAACUCAGCGAGGGGAAAGCAUCUCACAUUCCAUACAGAGAUUCAAAGCUUACUCGCCUUUUACAGUCCUCUCUUAGUGGUCGUGGACAUGUUUCACUAAUAUGCACGGUUACCCCUGCGUCAAGUAGUAUGGAGGAGACUCAUAAUACUCUGAAAUUUGCUAGCAGGGCCAAGCGUGUGGAGAUAUUUGCUUCUCGUAAUAAGAUCAUUGAUGAGAAGUCCUUAAUUAAAAAGUAUCAGCGAGAAAUUACAACUCUUAAGGAAGAACUUGAUCAGCUCCGGAGAGGAAUGCUUGUUGGAGUUAGUCAUGAGGAGAUUUUGACCUUAAAACAAAAGUUGGAAGAAGGUCAAUAUAAAAUGCAAUCAAGAUUAGAGGAGGAAGAAGAAGCGAAGGCUGCGCUCAUGAGUAGAAUACAGAGGCUGACUAAAUUGAUACUUGUUUCCUCAAAAAACAAUAUUCCUUCUUAUCUCGGUGAUGUUGCUGCUUACCAGAGAAGUCAUUCUGAUGAUAAAUUAGAGCUUGGGGACAGUGAGAAUAAUAAGGAUUCCUCGUCUGCACUGUCAGAUCCUUCUGUUGAUUUCAAACACAAAAGAUCAUCUAGCAAAUGGAAUGAUGAACUUUCUGCAGCUGGCAGCAUACUCAUGGAAUCUAACCAAGAUGGCGAAUUCAUCAGUGGUUCAAACCUUACAACUGAUGAUAUAACUGCAUCUGAUGAGAUGGACCUUCUUGUGGAACAAGUAAAGAUGCUAGCUGGUGAAAUUGCUUUCAGUACAAGCACACUCAAGCGCUUGGUUGAACAAUCUGCAAAUGAUCCAGAUGCAGCUCAAAGUCAAAUCCAUAAUUUGGAAUGUGAAAUCCAAGAUAAGAGGAAACAGAUGAGGCUUCUUGAACAGCGCAUUAUCCAGAGCGGUGAGGCAUCAGUAGCAAGUGCAUCAUUGCUUGAUAUGCAGCAGACUGUUACAAGAUUGAAGACCGAGUGUAGCCAAAAGGAAUUUGAGUUGGAGCUAAAAACAGCAGACAACCGGAUUCUUCAGGAACAACUUCAAAAUAAGUGUGCAGAAAAUAUAGAACUACUGGAGCGAUUAAAUGCCCUGGAGAAGCAUGUAACUUCAGUGAAUGGCGAUUCGUCCUUGCCCUCUGUACUGGACACGACUGAUGAAUAUACUGAGGAAUUGAAAAAGAAAGUUCAAUCACAGGAAAUGGAAAAUGAAAAAUUGAAGCUGGAACAUGUUCAGUUACUAGAGGAAAAUAGUGGAUUGUGUGUUCAAAAUCAAAAACUGUCUGAAGAAGCUUCUUAUGCGAAGGAACUAGCUUCUGCAGCUGCUGUUGAACUGAAAAAUUUGGCUGCCGAGGUGACGAAAAUUUCAGUGCAGAAUGCAAAACUAGAAAAGGAAUUGCUGGCUUCUCGUGAAUACAGUCACACCAGAGGCUCUCAAAUUUCCAAUGGUGGUAACAGGAAACACGGGGACGGCAUGAAAGGCGGAAGAAAAGGUCGAUACUCUAGUCGUGGCAAUGAUGUUUCUGGAGGUUUCUAUGAUGACUCGUAUAGUUUGGAUCUAGAAGACCUCAAGAUGGAACUGCUAGCACGGAAGCAGAGGGAGGCAGCUCUUGAAGCUGCUUUGGCUGACAAAGAAUUUGUAGAAGAGGAAUGCCGGACAAAGGUUGAAGAGGCAAAGAGACGGGAGGUAGCUCUUGAAAAUGAUUUAGCAAAUAUGUGGGUGCUUGUUGCAAAGUUGAAGAAAGAAGUAGGAGCUGUUUCCGAGUCUAGGUCUGAAGAGAGGCUUGAUAAUGGAGAUAUUUUGAAGGAACAGAAAGCCACUGAUGUCGAUAACAAUGGCUUCUCUAAGGAAACUCAACCAUUAGAGGUUAACAAAGCAGCUCAAGAUGCUCCGAGCGGAGAGCCAUUAGUUGCUCGGUUAAAGGCAAGGAUGCAAGAGAUGAAGGAUAAAGAGAAGUCUACGAGCAAUGGAGAGACAAAUUCCCAUCUUUGCAAAGUUUGUUACGAGUCACCUACUGCUGCAAUUCUUCUUCCUUGCCGACAUUUUUGUUUAUGUAAACCUUGUUCACUGGCUUGUUCAGAGUGUCCAAUAUGCCGCACAAAUAUUGCAGAUAGAAUUUUCGCAUUCACUUCAUGACAACGUGUCUUACACCCAUGAAUAUGAAGUUUUUUUGUUUUUCUGCAGGGGGUAUUUAAAUUUUUUUUCCCCAUAUUUGCUGAUUUUCUCAGAGCCAUGGCUGGUGCAAAUUCUUUCAUUAGUUGUCCUGUAUGUAUUUCCCCCAGGUAUAUUAAUUAUCUGUUUUUGGUCCCUCGGUUUUUCCCUUUUUCCCAGAAUGGGUUGUAAAAUAAGAACACAAAACAGAAAGGUGAAGAAUUUAGGGUGGGGGUGGGGGAGAAGAGAGAGGAAACCAAGAUGAAAAGGUUCCAGAUUGCUGCAAGCUUGGCUGUUGUGAAGUUUGCAGCAAGUAUUGUGAUGUAUACCCUGUUUAUUGUUAUUGUAUAGAAGAAACAGCGUAAGCUUCGAAAGGAAAUAUGAUAUCUCUAUAGUAA